AUGGCGACCCCUUUCCCCAUUGGUAGCGACUCGCCCAUCACCUUGUCAUCGGAAUCGACGCCAACGACCUCCCAAGCGCCCGUCGUUGCCCCCAAGCAGCAACAUCGGCGUCGCAUCUAUCGCCCGGCAAAGGACUCGCUCUACGAUCUGUUCCAUGAGCACGCCGGUACUUCGUUGUUCGUGCGCCCCAUCUCCUGGACCGAUCUGCACGCCCAGCUCCUCGGGACGCGAUGGGAAAAGUUACCGCCAUGCGAUAGCCCAAAACCAGCUACGAUGCCUAAGCAGUCCCCUUCGAAGGGCCACUUGCUGCCGUCGCAUACCAUCAUGACCCUCAGUAACUCCCUUACUCAGAUAUUUUCGACCCACGCGAAGCAGCCCAUCCUCUGUUCCGACGCUGUCAAGACGGUACUUAUGACGUUGUGGCCCCAGCCAUUCAGCGAGUCGCACUCUCUACCGAAGUUGCACCUGUACUUUGGUGGUCGCAUCUACCGAGAUGCGGUGGGCGCGCAGAUUAUGUGGAACUUCCCGUCUGAUGAGUCCAAGUCGUCAUUUUGCUCAGUCUCGACACAGCCGGCUGAUUCUUGCAACGCGCCCGCACACCCUUCUAACCCAUCCCUACAGGGCCCGGCCAACCUACCUAUGAUGUGCUACGUUGGGAAGAGCCAGCUUGCCAACAUCCGAAAGAACUUGUUACGCAUUAGGCUUGGCCCGGGGAAGAGUAGGAACGAGCCUGUGUAUCGUCUGCAACAAUUGAGGGCGAAGUUAUUGGUGCCGUCCAACUCGGAUCAUGACGCGAAUUUUGUGGGCAUCUUUCUCGCCAUGGCACAGAAGCAUUUCUACCCGUCUCCACCUCCUUUAUCGCAGAGGGAGUCGCCCAGGACUGAGAAACGGAACAUUCCGCCAAGCCCCAAUUUCCAGGAUGUUACACUAAGAAUCUUGACACACGAAACAUAUACGUCUGAAUUCAUUGUGUACACGGGGUACGUGACGAAGGAGUUUCUAGAGAAGUUUCAUAAUCCGUUCAAGGCACCGGAGGGCGAGGAGAAAAUGGAGCUUUCUGGCAUCAAGAUCGAAUUCACACGAGUACCCAUUUCGCCCAUACUGGGUCUGCGAGAACGACUCGGAAAAGCGUUAGGACAAGACAUGGUUGGGUAUUUCAACCAUGAGGAGAUGGAGACGUGGGUGAAGGACCUAGAGAAGCAAGAGAGCGGCAAGCGGAAACGAGACGGCCUGUUAGCGGCUCUCAAUAGCACUUUUGAUAAGGAGUCGGCCGAGGAGGCUUCAUUAGGUUCGAAGAAGCGGUGCUUAACCGAGGGAUCCCUAGUGGGGGUGGUGAUAUAA